AUGAUGAUUAUGAGUUAUCACAGUUUUACUGAUUGUACUUUGAAAGCAGGAAAGUCAGUGAUUGGUGCAUUCAAUGUUAACUCUGUUAAUAUCUCAUUUAUGAAUCUUAUGUUUUGGGUAGAGGAUGUGCAGGAUGACCUGAGCUGGAUGUUGAAAAGAAUUCAAGCGGAGACAGAGAAAGAGAAAUUAUUGAGAAAGAGGAAGAGGCAAGAAAAAGAAGAUGCUCCAUAUGUGCCAUCUCCACAACAUGUUUCUGGUUCUCAAACACCUCCUUCAAGUGGUAGAAAGAAGGCAGGGGCAAGAAAGAAAGUUUUGUCUCCAAAGAUCCGGAAAGUUACUCCAAAGAUUUCAAAGCUGAAGAUCGUCUUAAAGAAGAAACCUUCCAAAGAAUCUAGGAAAUCAGCAACACCACUACCUGAGCCAACACCACAAUCACUAAUACAAUCACCUCCACGACAACCAACACCUCCACAACAACCUUCACCUCCAAGACAACCAACACCUCCACAACAACCUUCACCUCCAAAACAACCAACACCACCUAGACAACCAUCACCAAUACACCUUUCACCACUACAUCUUUCACCACCACAACAACAAACCUUACUUACAUCGCAAGAUAUAUUUAAAACACCACCACUCACCCAAAUUCAACUAACUCCUGGUUCUUCUGGUCACAGAGGUCUUCACAUUCCUCCGGAUAAUCUUGAAGACAUUGGAGAUUUAGGCUUUGCAAAUGAUGAACAAGUUAAGAAGUUGGAAAAGAAGAUGGAUGACGUGUUGAAUGAUAACAAAGUAAUUGCAGCUGAAAGCAAAAAGGUGUCUGAUCGUGAAAAGAUUCUUGAAAUGAGAGUGAAGAGACUGGAGACUGAUAACAAAGAAUUACUAAAGAAGAUUUACAUUGAUCAAUCAGAGAUUGAUAUCUUGAAAGUGCGAGUUGCUAAAUUGGAAGAAGAAAAAGCUCGAAGAGAUGAACAGAACAAAUACUUCGAGAUGAAAAACAAAGAGCUUGAAGCAGCAAAAGCAUUUAGAGAGCAUGAGUUCUAUAUGUUGAACAAAGUUGUUGAAAGUAUGCUCGGAACGUCAGUUGAACAAAGAUUCGAAGAGAUACAGGUUGAAGAGUUUAGGGCAAAACGCCAAGCUGAGAUCGAUGAACAGAUGAAAGAUAAGGGUAAGGGUACUGAAGGCAGUGUGACAGUUGAAGAAAGAUCAAUUGUUCCAUCACUUGUGAUUGAAAACCCUAUUCCAUUAUCCUCUAUAUCUGGUGUAUUUGAAGAGGAUGUAUCUUUAGAGGAGCUUGCUAAAGAUGACGAUGAUGAGAAAGUCUUCUCGGCAAGCAGUCAUGGUUCUGAUAACGACGAUGACGAUGCUCAAGGUGGUAUGGGUAUAAAAGUGACUGAAGCUUCCAAAGAAAGAACUGUUGAUGAUUUUCUAAAUGAUUAUGUGAAUGAAGAGUCAGUGGAAGAAGGUGAACACUUUUAUACGUAUUCAUUGGAAGAGAUCAAAGAAAUGACGCGUAUGGUGAAUCCGGAUUUCAAAUUUGACUUUGAAGAAGAAUUAAAUGCAUUCGACAUCAACCACCAACCUGAAUACGAGUAUAAGUAUGUUGAGGAUGCUGACAUGUACGACAGGGUUGAGGUUGAGGAUUGGACAGAUGAUGAGAGUGUUAGUGAAGACACUUCUAAGUAUCCUACGUUGAUGGAGUUCUUUACAGAGGAGAAUAGAGAUGAGUUAAGAAGGAAGGUCGUAGAGAUCUUAAAAGAUAAAAAUUUCGAUGGUACUCCGAAAGAUAUGCAAAAAGAAGAACGGUAG